AAGGCAUUCCAGUCUCUCGCCGCCUUCUUUGCACCUCCUGCAGCGCGAGAAGGAGAGGGCUCGGCCGAAGGUUUUGGCCUUGCCAACUACGAUCUCAACCUAAACAACUUCCUUGUUGAUUGGGAUUUCAACGUACUCGCCGUUAUUGACUGGGACUCGGUCGUCUCGGUGCCCGAUGCGGCCCUCUACCGCUUGCCAUUUGCGAUGGGCAUCAGCUGCGCUGUUCCUGGAGUUGUCGACACACACCCCGCCGUGAUGAGACGAGAGCAACUCAGGAGCCGGUUUGCCGAGGUUGUGGAGGCAGUAGCACAUGAGAAUGGCCCCAAGUUGCGAAAAAAUGGCCCGCGUACGUUCUCAAGAAGCCGGGAUUUUUCUCUAAAGAAGCGGUCGCGAUCUGCUCGCUGGUCUGGUAAAAAUGAAGCAGGAUGCCAGGAUUGGGUAACGAAAAGUGGGUGGCUGCAGGGUCUGAAAAGGCUGAGCAAGCACGAUGAGCCGCAGGUGGCGGAGUUUUAUCUU